AUGUCGUCAUAUUCUAUGUUUCUAAAAGAGAUCCUAACCAAGAAGCAGAAGCUCAGAGUAGAAGGAUCCACUAUCUUGACAGAGGAGUGUAAUGCAAUCACACAGAAGAAUUUACCACCGAAAUUAAAGGAUCCGGGGAGUUUUAGUAUCCUUUUCACGAUUGGCUCGAUGACAAUAGAGAAAGUUUUAUGUGAUCUAGGUGCCAGCAUCAACGUAAUGCCAUUAUCUAUGAUGAAGAAACUGGGAAUCACAGAGGUGAAGCCGAUCAAGAUGAUUCUGCAACUAGCUGACCGCUCCACCAAGCAAGCAUAUGGAGUAAUAAAGGACAUACUUGUUAAGGUGGACAAAUUCAUCUUCCCGAUGGACUUUGUUAUCUUGGAUAUAGAGGAGGAUGCUAUUGUUCCCAUGAUCUUUGGGAGACCUUUCUUAGCGAUAUCCGGAGCGCUAAUUGAUGUGCCAAAAGGUGAAUUAAUUUUAAGGGUGGAAGGAGAAAAGGGCUAUUCUCAAAAUGUUUGA